GGCGGCAGCCCCACUCGCUCGGGACGCAGCACCCGCCACCCGCGCCCGGUCAGACGUCUCUCCGCCUUUGUGUCCCGGCCGCGCGCCCCCCCCCGCCCCGCCGUCCCGCGCCCGACACCCUGGAGUCGCACGGGAGCCGGCGGUUCGAGCUGGGUCCGGCGCGGCGCCCCGGAGCCCCGAGCCUGCCGCGCCGCCGCGCCCCGCGGGUGCGCUCCAGCCUCUCGCCGUGAGGGCCCCGAGGGGGAGCGCUCCUGGCGCCGGCGACCACCGCUGGAGCUGCUCGGCGCGCCCCAGACCUGCCUGCCGGCUCCCCUUUGCUGCUGCCUUCUGGAGAACCAGGGCUUCCGGCCCGCACCCCGCACCUCCGCCGUCCCGAGUGCGCGGAGGAGCUGGGAGCGGCUUGGCCAUGGCCGUGAGGAGGGACUCCUCCGUGUGGAAGUACUGCUGGGGAGUGUUGAUGGUUUUAUGCAGAAGUGCGAUCUCCAGAUCGAUAGUUUUAGAGCCCAUCUAUUGGAAUUCCUCGAACUCCAAAUUUCUACCUGGACAAGGACUGGUACUAUACCCACAGAUAGGAGACAAAUUGGAUAUUAUUUGCCCCAAAAUGGACUCUAAAACUAUUGGCCAGUAUGAAUAUUAUAAAGUUUAUAUGGUUGAUAAAGACCAAGCAGACAGAUGCACUAUUAAAAAGGAAAAUACCCCUCUCCUCAACUGUGCCAGACCAGACCAAGAUGUAAAAUUCACUAUCAAGUUUCAAGAAUUCAGCCCUAACCUUUGGGGUCUAGAAUUUCAGAAGAACAAAGAUUAUUACAUUAUAUCUACAUCAAAUGGGUCUUUGGAGGGCCUGGAUAACCAGGAGGGAGGGGUGUGCCAGACAAGAGCCAUGAAGAUCCUCAUGAAAGUUGGACAAGAUGCCAGUUCUGCUGGGUCAACCAGGCAUAAUGAUCCAACGAGACGCCCAGACCUAGAAGCUGGUACAAAUGGAAGAAGCUCAACAACAAGUCCCUUUGUCAAACCAAAUCCAGGUUCCAGCACCGACGGCAACAGCGCCGGGCAUUCGGGGAACAACCUCCUCGGUUCCGAAGUGGCCUUAUUCGCGGGGAUCGCGUCAGGAUGCAUCAUCUUCAUCGUCAUCAUCAUCACGCUGGUGGUGCUGCUGCUCAAGUACCGGCGGCGGCACCGCAAGCACUCGCCGCAGCACGCGGCCGCGCUGUCGCUCAGCACGCUGGCCACCCCGAAGCGCGGCGGCGGCGGCAACAACAACGGCUCGGAGCCCAGUGACAUUAUCAUCCCGCUGCGGACUGCGGACAGCGUCUUCUGCCCGCACUACGAGAAGGUCAGCGGGGACUACGGGCACCCCGUGUACAUCGUCCAGGAGAUGCCGCCCCAGAGCCCUGCGAACAUUUACUACAAGGUCUGAGCCGCGGCCGCGGCGGUGCCUUCGCUUUUUCCCCCCCGGAGGAAACGGACUGUCCCGCUGCCGACCGCCCGACCGCCCGACCGCCCGCGGGGGCGCGGCCGACCCCUUGUGUCUCGCUCCAGUGGACUGAAUGAAGCACAGCGAGGGGUGGUGGAGGGGGACCCUCCUUCUCCGAAGGGCCCCCCCGUUGAGUUGGACAAGCUUACCUAGUCUGUAGCGUUUCGGGCCGCGGGGAGGCCAGAUGUUCACUCCCCGGCAGCAGCUGGAAGACUGUGCAGAAGGGACCGGCGCUCGCCUCGCCCCCUUGUCCUUCCUUGAAGCCAUGUGUCGCGGUCACGCAGGCCUGCACCGCAGCCAAGGGAAGACCGUGGCGGGUGGACAUGAGAGAGAGAGAGCGAGCGAGCCCUGGAGCAUCCUAAGGCGUGGAUGCCCCGGGAUGCCACACACACGCCUGGAAACGCCAUCUGCUGCCUCGGGGGUGUGCCCCCCGACCUGCCGCACAGACCUCGGGCUCCGUGGGGCUUGCAGAGAGCAGAGCGCUAGCUCGCAGGCCUCACACGGUUGCACAUUCCCGUUAUCCAGGGCUCUGCCGUACUUCCCAUGGGACCGUCCCCUCCCGCCGCGUUCUGCAUCACGAAUGGAACAUGAACGGGGUUCUCUCCUACUCCAUCCAUUUGCAACAAACAGCUCCAGUCGAGUAGAUCAUAAUAGGAUACAUUUCUAGAAAUUGUGUUUGCUGAGGAGGAGGAGCCUUCCAGCCAGACGCCAGGCUGCCAGCCAGGAAGGCUAGGAGUCGGUGGAAGAGGGUGGAAGGAGGAAAAGGGCUGCCUGCAAACACAGGUCAAUGCUACUGCCUCUGACACGGAAAGUUGGGAGAGGGUGUGGGGCGGGGCGACCCCAUUAGGUAGCACAGCACUUUGGUUUCACUGAGAUUUUAAGAGGCGAGUAGGAGACACAACAACACACGCACACAGUGGAUGAGGGGUGCAUUGGAAGGCAUUCACUCUUAUCAAAUGGCAACUUGCAGGAAAAGAAGAGUCCCUCUCCUCUGGGUGGAACAAAGAGUCAUUGUUGGGAGAGGAACAGGCGUGGAGAGGGAGGGUGGAGGCGGGGCGAGGCGAGGGGAGAGAUCCCUCAGGACUGUUGUGGUACUGGCAAUAAGACGUACAGCUCCGAGGCUGUAGGAAAAGUCCGUCUGCUUUGGAUGAUGCUUAAAGCAGAUUCAGCUGCUAUACUUAUCACAUUUUUAUUAAACACAGGGAAAGCAUUUAGGAGAAGAGCAGAGAGCCAAAUCUGACCUAGACGUGGAAAAGCCAAAGGUCAAACAGGCUGUAAGUCCAUCAUCAUUAACAUUAUUAAAGGAUUCUCAUGUAAAAGGUAGUCAGAUCCCCCGUCCCCCCAAUGCCCCUUUCCCUGCCCCUCCUCCCUGAUCGAGCCUUACAACACUUUGGUUUAUGGCGGUGCUGUCCGGGCUGCGGGGACCGCGGCGUAGGUACUGAGCAAGGCCGAGUGCAGGUGCUCUGGGUCAAGGUGAAGCACAUGUGGCAAACCUCUUAGAGUCCUCAAGACGGAAAUAAAUUAUGAUAUCGAGGAGGGGGGGAAGGAGGAUAGGAUGUAUUUAUAAUAGGUGUAUAGAACACAAGGGAUAUAAAGUGAAAGAUUUUUUACUAAUAUAUAUUUUAAGAUUGCACACCAUGUACACCAGAAGAUGUGAAAUUCACUUGUGGCAAUUAAGUGGUCCCGAUGCUCAGUGCUUUACAAAAGAAAAAGAAGAAAAAAAAAAUUGGACAGCUACUUCUGGGAAAAACAACAUCACUCCAAAAAUAACAAUAAUGGGAGCAAAUACAAAAAUAACCAAGUCCUCUGAAGGCGUCUCACGUAACUGUAGACUAGGAAGUGCAAGCCCCGAAUACCAGGAAAUCGAUGUUACUGCAUCAUAUAUUUAACAAUGACAAGAUGUUCCGGCAUUUAUUUUCUGUGUUGUGUUUUCCCUUGCCUUAUGGCUGAAGUGUUCACUAGAAUCCACCAGGUCACAUCCAGCGGGGAGGUUUCAGCCGAAAAGUUUGGCUUUAGCUCCCUCCUCCCUCCUUCUACCCCCCCCCACCCCUCCCUUUUGGGAAACAAAACGAGUAAACAGGAAACCUACUAUUUUAUGUGCUAUGCAAAAUAGACAUCUUUAACAUAGUCCUGUUUCUAUGGUAACACUUUGCUUUCUGAAUUGG